GCAUAUCCAACCUUGUAAAAGACUAUAAAUACAAGCCCUCACCUCCCAAACUAAUCACUCAACACUCACAAAGAAGCUUUCUUAGCAUUUUCAAAACAUGGCUUCAAAGAAGAUGAUGAAAAACACCAUAGCUCUCUUCCUCACCAUCAACCUCAUUUCCCUUGGCUUCACAAAGGCCCAAGCUCCACCACCUCAACCAGUGUGUCCUAGAACCCCAGUCCAGUUACAAGCUUGCAUCAACCUGAUUCGUUUCGCCCUAAUCCUCAACACUCAAACAGUGAGGCCAUGCUGCACUGUACUGGCUGGGCUUGACGUCUCUGUGGCAUCUGCUUGCAUCUGCAAUUCCAUUACAAUCACAGUCCUCAAUUUCUUGAGGAUCAACCUGAGACUUAAUCAGGCUCUUAGACUCUGCAAUUUUACUCCUCCAGCUGGUUUCAGCUGCACUUAAUCCUCUCAUAAGACUAUAUAUAAGCAGACAAGUUCCGUAAUAUCGGAUCAAUAACUAAUGGUGCAAAGUAUGUUUUUCUAAUGUAUGUUGUUGAAAUAAAGUGAAAACACUCGUGUAAUGUUUUCACACGUUCGUUUUGAUGUUCUUCAACUUAGAUUUCAGUAUGUUUGUUGUAUCUGUUGUUUCCAAUGAAAAGGUAAAAUAAACUUUAUCUUUCUAUGUU